AUGGCUUCAGCAACAGGAAUCCCCGAGACGACAAUAAUCCCCCGCGAGGCGAUUGGAGAGGAUGAACCCCUGCUCGGCCGGGCUGGGGAUGCAGCGCAGCAGGAUGGCAGACCGAUAUACUACAAUCUCAUCAUCGGCACUGCUGUAGUCGCCCAAGUCGGCAUCCUCCUCCUCACAGCCUCCGUCUGGGCUUCCAUUUUCCUCCACCCCCUUAUCCUCUUCUCGGCGCACCCGCUCCUCAACUCCGCAGGUCUCCUGGUCCUCACGCAGUCCAUUCUGCUCCUCCAACCAACCCACAGCCCCGAGCAAAAACGCAAAGGGACAGUCUCGCACUUCAUCCUUAACAACCUCGCCCUGGAUGCUCUCAUUGCCGGCCUUGUCGUCAUCGAAUACAACAAGUUCUCGCACAACGGCUCGCACUUCGUGUCCACGCACGCCAUCCUUGGCCUCAUCACCUACAUCUUGCUCGGUAUCCAGGCACUGGUGGGUUUUACCGCGUACUAUGUGCCGCAGCUGUAUGGCAGCGUAGAUAAUGCGAAAAGCCUGUACAAGUGGCACCGUAUGAGUGGGUAUUUGGUGUUGACGCUGACGCUGGCAACCGUGGUGGCCGCGACGCAGACCGAUUACAAUUUGAACGUGUUGGAUAUUAAGCUUUGGGCCGUGCUGGUGACCAGUGCCCUAGUAUUGAUUGGGAUUGUGCCGCGAAUUAAGAAACAGAAGUUGGGGCUGGCCGGGACGCCGAAGCCCAGUGGUGCCUUUGGGCAAUAG